AUGCAAUUUCUAUCAAGUCCAUCCUCUUGUGCUGAGCUGGUUGACCAAGUCCGUCAGGCUGGCGAUCUUGGUGCUUUCUCAAGUCUUUCCUUGGAAAAACAAAGGGAAGCGACACUUCAUAUGCUUCAAAAUGGAGUAGUUUUUGCUGCUGAGACCAUUUGGAACUUGUCUGUUGUUGCCCCCUUUUCUGCUCAGCUCAGCGAGUUGGAGAAGAAGAAUGCCGAGUUAGUUUGCAAACUUUCCGCCGAGCAGACCCGUUAUGAGAAGAAGACGUCUGAUUUGCGGGCGAUGAUAUCUGAGUUGAAGAGUUCCCCUGCUAAGAAGGAUUCCGAGCUUAACUCCUCUGCUGCUGACUUGGCAAGUUGA